UCUCUGACAUCGCACAGGUGAGCGCCAGGCAGUUGUGUUGUUUUGGGUUGUGGAGGAUCUUCCUGAUCAACGAAAGAACAUAGAUUUAGUAAUUAAUGAUAUGCUGUCGGUUGUACCUUAUUUUUGUUGUUGAUUCCUGAAAGGAAAGAAACGAUUUAAGCAUAAAACUGUGCUGUGAUAUCGAUAUCAAAUAUGACAGCUGUUGACUGGAAUGAGGUUAAGCGUUUAGCAGCUGAUUUUCAAAGGGCUCAGCUAAGCUCCACUGUUCAGAGAUUGUCAGAAAGAAACUGUAUAGAAAUUGUCACCAAACUUGUUGAGUUGAAGUUGUUGGAUGUGAUCUUCACCAAUGACGGGAAGGGCUACGUCACUCCACAGCAGUUAACAACAGAAAUCCGCGACGAACUGUAUGUGCAUGGAGGUCGCAUUAAUUUGGUGGAUCUUGCAAAAAUCUUAUGCGUGGAUCUGAGUCAUAUUUCAGCUCGAGCAGCAGAAAUCGAACGUACAGACUCGGGAUGCACUGUUGUGCUUGGCCAAUUGAUUGAUAAAACCUAUCUUAAUCAGAUAGCGCAAGAAAUUAAUGAUAAACUAGUUCAGGAAGGUCAGGUGUCUAUAGGAGAGCUGACUAGGAUUUAUGACUUACCAGCUGAUUUCUUGCAGUCAGUUGUCCAGAACCAUCUUGGGAAGGUUAUACAUGCAAAACAAGACAAAACUGAUCCUAGAGUUUUCUUCACAGACUCUUACAUUGCUCGUAACAAAGCAUGUAUACGUGGAGCAUUGGCUGCAGCAACUGCGCCUAUUCGUAUAGCAACACUGGUUAAACAGUGUGGCUUAAAUGAACGGCUGUUCUAUGCUAUAAUAGAUAACCUGAUUGAGAAAAAAGAAGUGCAAGGAUUUUUGAGUGGCCGACAGGCUGGAAGUAGCAGUGUUUAUAUGCCAGCAAUUUUUGCCAAAUCAUUACAGGAUUAUGCAGACAACUUUUAUAAGCAGAAUGGAUACUUAGAUUAUGACGACCUCUCAAGAAUGGGUGUAAACAAUGUUCAUACUUUUGUUAAUGAAAGAUUCCCAAAAGAAAAGCUUAUAAAAAUUAAAAACUUUGCCGUGGGCCCUCAACUUAUCGGUCAAAUAGAAUCAGUUGUUGAGGAAGCAAUGUCAACUGGAUCAUGGGUAGACAUAAAGGAUAUUAUUCCACCAGUAUUUGAGAGAGAAGAUGCUGAACAUAUGUUGGAAAGAGUUGUAAAGAAUGUUAAAAAUAAGUUCCCGAAUCAAGAAAUGCAUAUAUUUAACAAGACUGUUUUGGUUUCUGAUGCCUUUUUACAUCUGCUCCUUAAGUCUUUCGACACAGUGAUUCAGAAGAAAGCAGAAAAUGCAGUAUCUUCUGGUGCUUACAUUGCAGCACAAAUAGAAAACAAACUACCAAAUAAGAAAGUGGCAGUGGAACAGGAGACUAAAGUUGACCGUCGUGAAGAAAGACGCAAGAAAGCUGCUGGAGGAAAAGGUGGGGGUGGUACACAGGGUCGUGAAACAAAAAUGAAAUCUCUGAAGAAGAAACCUCAGCGUGGUCAUGUGCAGGAUGAGGAUUCAGAUGAAGAUGCUGGUCCAGUACCAACUAAGAAGCUUGAACUUCUUAGUAUUUCAGACAUUGAAGAAGUUUUAAGAAAGGAGAAGUCCUUACAAGAUGAUGAACUUGAUGAACUGGUGUCUGAAAUUGCAGCAACAUUACAUUCUACCUUAAACAACCAAGCUGAAGCAGCAGCCCAGAAAAUAUUUGAAAGCAGCAUGGCUUCUACUGCACAGAAUCGUCGAAAAACCCAUAGUGAAUUACAGGAGAAACUGAACAAUCUAUUGAUCGAUGUACGAUUAUUUGAAAAAGGGCUCCGCUCUUUUAGUGACAAAGAUUUACAGCAACAAUUAACAAAAUAUCUCUUGAAGAGUCUAUGCACUGACAUAGUUACUGAUCUUUUUACAUAUGUUGCACAGGAAAAUAUGCUUCAGUGUGACUUAACAAAGGAGCUAACAGCAGAGGCAAGAAUGAAGAUCAUAAAUGAAGCGUCAAAUGAUAUGAAGGAACCACUUUUGAAGCUUCACAAGUCACUGAGUGGAAGUUCAGUGGAAGACUUCAUGUCUGCAGUAGAAGUUGUAAUGGGUCAAGGAAUAUGUGACAUGAUAGUACGUAAGCCAGAUAAAAAGAAAGAAAGAAUCCAUCUGUUGAAUCGCCGACAGAGUCUCUUGGACGAGCUGUCUACCUCACAAGAGCCAGCUAAAGUACUUCUUAUUACUGUGCUACUGAUAUUUCAAGCUGUGACCCAGAGCACAGUACAUGCAUCUGGCAGAUUUGUUAACAACAUUCUGUCAUUUUUACAACCAAACUUGCCUGCAGACACAUUCAACACACUGCAGGAAUAUUAUGGCCUAGUGUGGAAGAAUUUACAGGCUGAGCAGAAUCCUGACAGUUCUUCAGAAUGUAUGGCAACUUUGGUGGAUAAAAUGCCAGCUAUAAAGGAGAUAGCAAACACAUUCAAGAAGUUGACAGCCUCUGAAAGACAACAGAAAGUUUCAGAGUAACUUACAGUUUCAGGAUAAGUUCAAGCAAAACUCUGGAUAUGUGAUUACCAUGUGCCUUUUCAGUUAAUUUAACCUGUUGGAAAGUGGAAAUAUAUGGCUGUAAAACAAGAAGUGGUGUACAAUGAAAAUGUAUAACUGUG